UCCACCAGAUUCUUAUUUACAACAAAAAGAAUCCUCAACUACAAAAACUUGUGAGACCAAAACUAGCUUGGUUAUUUGAGAAAGAUAAUUUAAAAAAAAACACAAAGACCACUUUUCUAUUAGGGAAUGCUUUUGGGUUUGAACCGAGGAUUUGUUAGGCAGAAAUGGAGCAGAAGAGUGUAUUGUUUUCAGCGUUAGGCGUUGGUGUUGGGCUAGGUCUCGGGCUAGCGUCAGGUCAAGGUUUAGGCAAAUGGGCAAACGGCUCGGUCACUGCAGAGGAUGGGCUUACGGGAGAAAAGAUUGAGCAAGAGUUGGUGAGGCAGAUUGUUGAUGGAAGAGAGAGUAGCGUCACUUUCGACGAGUUUCCUUAUUUCCUUAGCGAGAAAACUCGGCUUUUAUUGACAAGUGCAGCUUAUGUUCAUCUAAAGCAGUUUGAUAUCUCCAAGCACACACGUAAUCUUGCACCUGCGAGUAAGGCCAUUCUACUGUCUGGACCUGCUGAAUUUUACCAGCAGAUGCUUGCAAAAGCAUUGGCUCAUUAUUUUGAAUCGAAACUAUUGCUACUAGAUGUAACCGACUUCUCUAUUAAGAUGCAGAGCAAGUACGGGUGCGUCAGGAAGGAACCUUGUCACAAGAGGUCUAUUUCAGAGAUGACAUUGGACAAAAUGUCGAAUUUGAUGGGGUCUUUCUCUAUGCUCACCCAAAGGGAAGAACCAAGAGGUACCUUGCGUAGGCUCACUAGUGGCAACGAUCUUUCUUCAAGGGGCUUUGAAGGUUCAAGCCAUCCUAAUCGACUGAAGCGAAAUGCUUCUGCUGCUUCUGAUAUCAGUAGCAUAUCUUCCCGUUCUGCAACUUCCGUUUCAGCUUCAAGCAAACGCAAUACAAACUUGUGCUUUGAUGAGAAACUCUUCCUUCAGUCACUUUACAAGGCCUUGGUUUCGGUUUCUGAAACCAAUCCCAUCAUAAUAUACCUAAGGGACGUCGAGAAGCUUAUUCAAUCAGAAAGGUUCUACAAGCUGUUCCAGAGGCUCUUGUCCAAACUUUCUGGCCCCGUUCUACUUCUCGGAUCAAGACUAUUAGAACCUGAAGAUGACUGCCAAGAAGUAGGAGAAGGCAUUUCCGCUUUGUUUCCUUACAACAUUGAGAUCAGACCACCGGAGGAUGAGUCUCAGCUCAUGAGCUGGAAAACGAGAUUCGAAGACGACAUGAAACAGAUACAGUUUCAGGACAACAAGAACCACAUAGCUGAGGUCCUUGCCGCUAAUGACCUCGAAUGCGAUGACUUAGGUUCCAUAUGCCAUGCGGAUACAAUGUUCCUGAGCAGUCACAUUGAGGAGAUUGUGGUUUCUGCAAUCUCUUACCAUCUGAUGAACAAUAAAGAACCUGAAUACAAAAACGGAAGGCUUGUAAUAUCUUCCAACAGCUUGUCCCAUGGACUGAGCAUACUGCAAGAAGGUAACUCCUUGAAGAUGGACAGAAACAUUGACUCCAAGGUGCAGGGAGAUGAAAGUGAAGGGAUAAUAAAGAGUGAGUCCAAAUCUGAGACGGUUCCUGCAGCGAAGAAUGAAUGUCCCCUGCCUCCAAAAGCACCUGAGGUGGCUCCUGAUAAUGAAUUUGAGAAGCGGAUAAGACCAGAGGUUAUCCCAGCAAAUGAGAUCGGUGUGACGUUUGCUGAUAUAGGUUCACUGGACGAAACCAAAGAAUCACUUCAAGAGCUUGUCAUGCUUCCUCUUCGUAGGCCUGACCUGUUCAAAGGUGGUCUCCUCAAGCCUUGCAGGGGUAUCCUCCUCUUUGGACCACCUGGUACCGGGAAAACUAUGAUGGCAAAAGCCAUUGCUAACGAAGCUGGAGCUAGUUUUAUAAACGUGUCCAUGUCCACAAUCACUUCGAAGUGGUUUGGAGAAGACGAGAAGAACGUGAGAGCUUUGUUCACCUUAGCAGCUAAAGUGUCUCCCACUAUUAUAUUUGUGGAUGAAGUGGAUAGCAUGCUGGGGCAGAGGACUAGAGUUGGAGAGCAUGAAGCUAUGAGGAAGAUUAAAAAUGAGUUCAUGACACAUUGGGAUGGGCUUAUGUCGAGUUCUGGUGAUAGGAUUCUUGUUCUUGCAGCGACAAACAGGCCUUUUGAUCUAGAUGAAGCCAUCAUUAGAAGGUUUGAACGAAGAAUCAUGGUUGGUCUUCCACCGGUUGAGAGCAGAGAGAAGAUCUUGAGAACGUUAUUGUCAAAAGAGAAAACAGAGAAUCUUGAUUUCCAUGAGCUUGCGCAGAUGACAGAUGGAUACAGUGGAAGUGACCUUAAGAACUUUUGCACAACAGCUGCAUAUAGACCCGUGAGGGAGUUGAUAAAGCAGGAAUGCUUGAAAGACCAGGAGAGGAAGAAGAGAGAAGAAGCAGAGAAGGGUAGUGAAGAGGAAUCCGAAGCAAAAGAAGAAGAAGGAUCUGAGGAGAGAGUUAUAACGCUGAGAGCUUUGAGCAUGGAAGACAUGAGAGUGGCUAAAAGCCAGGUUGCUGCUAGCUUUGCAGCCGAAGGAGCAGGGAUGAAUGAACUGAAGCAGUGGAAUGAUUUGUAUGGAGAAGGAGGCUCCAGGAAGAAGGAACAGCUCUCUUACUUCCUUUGA